AUGUGGGCAUUACUUCCAACCGAAAGUUGGGGAUUACACUAUUUGCCAGAUAAAUAUUUUGCCGCAUAUCUGCCUAUACUUUUGCUUAUGGCUAUGUUCAUUUUUGAGUUCUUCAUAUAUCCUGGAAUAGGUCUCGCUAUGACUCCCAACGUUGAUGACAUGGAAUCUGUAAUGGAUACUACUUUACUACUUCGACAUGUCGAUGUUGGUCAAGACACAAACUUAAAGAAUGAAAGCCUCUGGACACAAGUGCGUUGGCAUAAGCAAUUAACACCACGAAAGGAGCGUAAACUGCUACAAAAUUGCUCAUUUUGUAAAGGGGCACAUCGAUUACCGGCGGCACAUGAACAAAUAUCAACACUUCGAUUUUUGGAUUUGCAAGAUGUAAAUAUAAGGGCGUACGAUUAA